GGAGGUGAAUUAUUUGACCGUAUUGUCGAGAAAGGUAGUUACACAGAAAAAGAUGCCAGCAACCUUAUCAAACAAGUUUUAGAAGCUGUUGAUUUUAUGCAUGAUAUAGGAAUUGUACACAGAGAUUUAAAGCCAGAAAAUUUAUUGUACUACAACUCUGACCCUGAUUCUAAGAUAAUGAUAAGUGAUUUUGGUUUAUCAAAGAUGGAAGAUUCUGGUAUUAUGGCUACAGCUUGUGGUACACCAGGCUAUGUUGGCAAGAAAUUAAUUAAUGUACAUAAUCUUUUGAUUAUUACAGCACCAGAAGUUUUAGCACAAAAACCAUACGGGAAAGCUGUUGAUUGUUGGUCUAUUGGUGUGAUAUCUUAUAUAUUAUUGUGUGGUUAUCCACCUUUUUAUGAUGAAAGUGAUGCUCAGUUAUUCCAACAGAUCUUAAAAGCUGAGUUUGAAUUUGACUCGCCAUAUUGGGAUGACAUAUCAGAAUCUGGAAGUCAUUUCUUUCCGAAAAUAAUUCUUCUAAAUAAAACAUUACUUAAUUGUAGGAUAUCUGGCAAUGCUGCUUUGGAUAAAAAUAUCCAUGCUUCCAUUAGUGCACAGCUUAAGAAGAAUUUUGCCAAAACAAAAUGGAGGCAAGCUUAUAAUGCAGCUGCUGUGAUAAGGCAAAUGAAAAAGUUAGCAUUUACUAAAGAAGAAUCAACUAAUAUGUAG